UUGUUUGUCAAGUUGGACUACGCCAGUGUGGAGUUUUGUCGCACUAUAUUACGGAUUACCCUCUUUUCUAGGACCAAGGAUAUAUUUAGGCCAUUUUGCAUUUUUAAGUUAUAUUUUGGUAUUUCUAAUCUGGAUGGACAAUUGCCAACACAGGACAGGCUGGUGAAACGCGGUUUUUUUUAAACAGGACCGCCGAGUCCCUUUUGCGUUCCCAGAAGAGAUGCCACUACCUAGGAUAUUAUAUUACUCAGACAUUUAGUUAUUUCGGUGUCUUGAAUUGUUGAGCGAUUUUUGUAAUUGUUUUGUGGGUUGUUUCGGGGAAAUUUGGGUUGAAGGCUCAAUUUGACGUGCGCAAUUUGUUUUGGGGAAUGAAUGAAUGAAUGAAUGAAUGAAUGAAUGAAUGGAACGCGACUAGUUUGUUAACUCGCCAGAACAGCGAUUAUAUAAACCACGGAAGUUUAACACAAGUGUUUGGAUCUUUUUGCCUUUAUUUGAUACAACGUCCUGGGAUUAUUGCGUGAACGAUCCAUGUUUACCUUUUGUCAUUUAACUCAUGUCCACUACAUUGCUUGCCAGCGUAGUAGCCUAAAUGAAAUAGCCUCCCCACACCUUUUGAUGCGUCUUGUAGCCCUCUCUCUUGGAAGGUAUUAGAGAGCGUUUGUAACACCAUCAUCAAUCAGUCCACACCUCCUCACACUCCCAUUUACCCUCCUUUGUGCACUUUGAGCAGGUUAAUCCAUGGACGUGCCCACCUGAGUACCAUCAUACUUGUCUAACCAAUAACCUAAAUCAUCCUAAUUUGCAAUGCAAAUACUGUAUUCAUGCAGCUGAUUGGGUAAAAUGGACUCCAGGAUGCCAACAGGUCAGAUAAAGGUCUUGUAGCGCAGAGUGGUUGUCACAGGGAUUCUGUGGAAGUAGCCUACACUCUGUAGGUGUAUGUUAUCAUAAGGACAGCUACUGUUCUUUGGUUAUAUACAUACAUUUCUUUAAACUGAAGGGAAGAUUGAGAGGAUUUCUUUGGCACAGCAGAAGUCUGAAAUGACAGAACCACUACCAGUGAAGGAGAUCAAAGAAGAGGAGUUUGACUAUUUCCUCCACAAACAUAUUUUGGCUAGUACAUUUGAAGAUAAGACUGUAUUGGAACCUUGCUGUAGGACUGAGACACAAACAUCAUCUACCUGCAGAGAAGAGGAAUUCACACCAGUGGAAAUGAUCGAGGAAAACAAUUCUGAUUCUGGAGAACAUGGCCAUGAUGACUCCUCUACUACAAACCCCCAGUCUCUGGCCCAGAUGAAGAGGCUCUCAGUGGUGCUGGUGGACUGCUGUAGACCACAAGGACCGCGAGGGACGGACAUGCAGGAGCAGACCGACGGAGAUGAUGCAGAACAGCCCAAGACCAAGCCAGUGUCGCUGGCCCAGAUGAAGAGGCUAUCAGUGGUGCUGGACUGCUGUAGACCACAAGGACAGCGAGACAAGAGCAUGCAGACCAAUGGAGAUGCAGAACAGCCUGAGACCAUUGUUGAAAGGAUCGCAAAUGGGAAGAGUUUCAAGAGGGGGUCAGAUCUCAACCCACAUCAGACAACACAUACUGGACAAAAGCCAUAUCAGUGUACUACAUGUGGGAAGGGUUUCAAAACCCGCACAUACCUCACUGUACAUCAGAGAACACAUACUGGAGAAAGGCCAUAUCACUGUUCAGAGUGUGGAAAGUCUUUUGUUGAUGCAGGUUGUCUCAAGACACAUCUGAUGAUCCAUACUGGGGAAAAGCCAUAUCGGUGUACUACAUGUGGAAAGAGUUUUAAAACCAAAGCAGAGCUCACUAUCCAUAAGAGAACACACACUGGAGAAAAGCCAUAUCAGUGUUCAGAGUGUGUAAAGAGUUUCACUCAGAUGAGUAAUCUCAAGACACAUCUGAUGAUCCAUACUGGACAAAGGCCAUAUCAGUGUACUACAUGUGGGAAGGGUUUCAGAACCCUUCAAAGCCUCACUCUCCAUCAGAGGACACAUACUGGAGUAAGGCCAUAUCACUGUUCAGAUUGUGGAAAGACUUUUACUAAUGUAAGUGUCCUCAAGAUACAUCUUAUGAUCCAUACUGGGGAAAAGCCAUAUCAGUGUGCUACAUGUGGGAAAUAUUUCAGAUCAAGCUCAGCUCUUACUGUGCAUCAGAGAACACAUAUUGGGGGAAAGACAUAUCUGUGUACGGAGUGUGGAAAGAGUUUCAAAUCAAGCGCAGGGUUUACUGUUCAUCAGAGAACACACACUGGAGAAAAGCAAUAUGAGUGUUCAGAGUGUGGAAAGACUUUUAGUCAAUCAAGUAGGCUCAAGACACACCAGAAAAUCCAUACUGGUGAAAAGUCAUAUCAGUGUGCUACAUGUUGGAAGAGUUUCAGAACCAACGGUUCUCUCACCCUCCACCAGAGAACACAUACUGGAGAAAAGCCAUAUCAGUGUACAGAUUGUGAUAAGACUUUUACUCAGUUGGCUUAUCUCAAGAGACACCAGAUAAUUCAUACUCGAUAGUCCUUCAGUAGAAUGUCUUUUGUUAUUAAAUGUCAUUAAAUGAUGUGCCAUUUCUAGGUACAUCAGAGGAUCCAUUUAGAGGAGAGACCAUAUCUGUGUUCUCAGUUUGGAAAGACAUUUACUCAGGUGUCACCUCUCGAGAGACCAGUGGAUCAGUCUGAUGCUGUCUCUGAGGUGUCUGCACCUGCAUGUUAAUAUUAAAAUGUUUGCUGGUCGAUUCUUAUGUAGUUAUGAAUAUUUCCCUGCACUGUAUUGAGAUUAGUGCAGUCACUAAAUGAAUUAUGAAUUUAUUGUAUGGUCCCCAUGAACGGAAUUCCACAAAACUUGGCCUUCAGAGGGUGUCAUAAUGCUCCUAUACUUCAAAUUCUUUGCAGUUUUGAACAUGUCAGCCAAAGAUACCUGCGAUUACAAUGCCUCAUUUUUGCUUUUUCAUUUUAACUAGGUGGUG